CAGAAGACCGAGUCACGGUCCUGGUCUCUGCAGGGCUCUCAGGUUCACCGUGUUGCUUAAUUAGGACAAACCGGAAAAGUGCUGCCCGGACGGGACGAAGAGGAAGGACCGAACCGAGGGGACAGUCAGCGCACGAGCGAGGAGACACCGACAAACAGCGGGGACCCAAGCAGGACGGACCGUCACUAUGGAGGGUUUAAUGCAGCGGCUGGAGCAGGCUGUGACUCGCCUGGAGCAAAUGUCCGUCACGAUGCAGCCGUCCGGCAGCAUGGCUAAUGGGAGCUGUGCCAAUGGCAUCGACGGAGGUCCGUCUCAGAGUGUGGAGGUUUUUGAUGUUCUACUCAAAGGUCCGGUGUCGGACUACCUGAACUACAGCCGAGCUAUAGGAAGCGAGGUGGAGACACAUGCAGAGAUGGUGAACGACGCGCUGCAGACCCAGAGAACUUUCCUGAAGAUGGCUGCCACACACCAGGAACCUGCACAGACGGAGCUCCAAGACCUCCUGAAGCCGAUCUCGGAUCACAUCCAGCAGAUCCAGAAUUUCAGAGAACAAAACCGCGGCAGCCUCCUCUUCAACCACCUCUCUGCAGUCAGCGAGAGCAUUCCUGCUCUGGGCUGGGUGGCUGUGAGUCAGAAGCCUGGUCCGUACGUGAAGGAGAUGAACGAUGCAGCCACCUUCUACACCAACAGAGUGCUGAAGGACUACAAGGAAAACGACAGACACCAUGUGGACUGGGUGCGCUCCUACCUGUCCAUCUGGACUGAGAUGCAGUCCUUCAUCAAGCAGCACCACACGACAGGAUUGGUGUGGAGCAAGACUGGACCCAUUGCUCCUGCUUCUCUCUUUGCCUCCCCCCCAGCCCCUAGUGCUCCUUGUCCCCCUCCUCCCCCCGGCCCUCCUCCAGUCUUCAUCGAUGAUGAUGACUCCAAGCCUCAGGCAGACAGUGCAGCAGUCCAGCACUCAGCGUUAUUCACUCAACUCAACCAGGGCAUGGACAUCACGAAAGGUCUGAAACAUGUCUCAGAUGAACAGAAGACCCACAAGAACCCCAAUCUGCGCUCUCAAACAUCUCCAGUCAAAAACAACGAUUCCCGGCCUCUUAUGUUUCCGAAAGCAUCUGUCCAGAAAAGACCCCCUCUGCUAGAGCUGGACGGAAAGAAAUGGAGGGUGGAAAACUUUGAGCAGAAACACGAUUUGCUGAUUGAGGAGACCGAGCUGAAACAGGUGGUGUACGUCUUCAGCUGCAACAACUCCACCCUGCAGAUCAAGGGCAAAAUCAACUCCAUCAUCAUAGAUAAUUGCAAGAAGCUGGGUCUGGUUUUUGAGAACGCUGUUGGGAUUGUAGAGAUCAUCAACUCCAAGGCAAUCCAGUUACAGGUGUUGGGAACAGUUCCCACCAUUUCUGUCAACAAGACGGAGGGCUGCCAAAUCUACCUGAGCAAGGACGCUCUGAGCUGCGACAUCGUCAGCGCCAAGAGCUCCGAGAUGAACGUCCUGAUACCAGAGGGAGACGACGACUAUAGGGAGUUCCCCGUCCCGGAGCAGUUCAAGACGGUUUGGGACGGCUCCAAACUGGUGACGGAACCCACUGAGAUCGCCGGCUGAUUGAGUGUAAACACAUGCAGUACUGUGCAAAACGAAGCAGCAGUAAAAGUCCUCCCAAAUUAUAAAUAAACACUUUAAUAUCAGAAAGCCUGAAAGACCUCAGUCAAGACCUAUUUAUAAGAUCUGACUGAUUGGAAGCAAUAAAAUAAUUACAAGGUGGUUAAACUUUUGCACAGCACUGUCCACUUGGUGUCAUUAUUCAGAUUUAAAAGGGAUUUAAUAAAUAUGAACCGUCUCCUUGAGCCAAUAUUCGUGACUUUUAAUAGAAAAUCUUUUGGCACUUUGAAUUUAUUAAAAGUAACAGUCGAACAAAAACCCAGAUUUUGUUAAAACGUCAAAUUUACCGUCUGUGCCAUAACAACACGGUACAGGCGUUUAUAGUCGAGUAUGUAACUAAUUCAAAUAAGCGUUACUGUUUUUCUCAUCAUUGUAUCUUAUUAUUUUCAAACAUAAGGAAUUAUUAACACGUCGCAACAUCCAGCAGCCUGUA